AUGGACGUCUUACCACCCCUCUCACCUCAACUCGUCACAGAGGUGAGAGCAGACCUUAGACGAGACUGGUUCUUAACGGAAACUGACCAAUAUCGAGUUGAGCUCGGCCUGAUCCGGUCACCUCCCAAUCCACUUUACCUCGAUCAUAAAAUGCUUGAACUCGGCAGCAUCCCGUCUCCCCAAAAACGAGGCCGUAGAAUACCGUACAUCAAUGCCUGUAUGGAAUACCUAUUCUACAACAAAGCCACAGUAUUCUACUGGACUGAGUCAGCAGCAACCAACAUGGUCGGCCGUUAUGGGCCGGUGAUCCUAGGUGGUAUCUGGAAUGCUUGGUCUAAUGCUCUGGGUAGGGAACCACAUAUACCACUUGACGAAUUCUUUGCUGUUCCUGUGAGCGUUAAGGAAGAAUAUUCAAAGACGGUUCCAGGGAUACUACGAGCCCACGGGCACAUUUACGCUCAGGUUCGAAAGGCAUUGGAAGCAAACAACAGAUCUAAUGCCGUUACCAAAUUGUGCAAGCCCUGGCCGGACCCAAGGUACUUCAAACUACAUUCAAUUUGCGAAGCACUUAUAAUAGUGUUCGACGAGUACAAGUCCGUGGACGUUGAGAAGCACGUAGACGGCUUCCGUCACUACGAUGACGUUGCCCAGCACCAGAGCGUCAUGUUGGUCCGAACGGUUCACGAAAAUGGGCUUAGCGCGCCUAUUAGCUUCAAGUAUUUGAAGGAUAAAGCCUUACCUCUCGCAAGAAGUGAAGACAUGGGAGCUAUCGAUGUUAUUCGAGUCCCUCUCCAAGUUGGCGUCCAUUUUGUGGCUAACCUUCUACUACGUGAAGAAGCAGCAUUUCCAGAAUCCGUUAUGGCAGGACCCCAUAUAUCGAGGGAACCAGAUCAUCCGUUUAUGAAGUGGGAGAGAGAAGCGCAGGGUUAUAGAGAACGACGAUUGGUGAAUGCACAGGCAGAAGGCAAGAUCAGACCAUUUACAACAGCAGCAGCUGUGAGGGAAGCCGUGCUAUACUGCAGGUUUGACAUAGAUCCCCCAGAAAAAUAUGCUCCGUAUCCUUUUAAGCUUGGUUGGAUCUGA